UAAGCCGUUGACUGCAUCUGCUCCUGCGUUCGGCUGACUUAGUCACACUUUGAGGAAGUCACUGGCAGCUCUGGACUUCGGUAACAGGUGGUUACGAAAAUGUAGACGUCCGUCGGAGGCCUCUGUGUUUUCCUAGCGAGUUAAAGUUACGAGAAUAUAGCAUUUCAAAACUUAUUAUUCCUUACUUUACACUAACUAGGGCGGCGAGCUAACGCCGACGUCCCAACCUUAACUUGGGUCAACUUUUUCCCCCAAUGCGGCUUGCCCGAAAUGGAGGAGUACCACCGUCGUCCAACCAAGAAGUCUGUGUGAAUAUUUAUUUUCCAAGGACGCUUUGGGCUCAACCUUUAGACGGACUUUGACUUAAAGGCUUCAUUUGAGUCCCUUUUCCUCCACGGUGGAAGCUAGCUGUUCAAAACGCCCAACCUCGACGGGGCGGACAUAAACAAUGUUUUCUGUCAAACCCAUGAAACCAACCUUCAAGUGUUAUCUUCCUCCUGUGCAGAGUGAAGUGAAGAAAACUGUUGACCCCCCUAUUAAAAAGUUGGAGGCCAAGCUACUUCCAGGGGAGAUAGUAGUUAAUGAGGCGAACUUCGUGAGGAAAUGCAUCAGUGCUGAAAGCAGCCAUGAUGACCUGUGGGGGAAGUUGAUCUGUACCAACUUUAAGGUCUCCUUCAUCCCUCAAGAUGCUCCACCUAAACCGAAGUUUCAGCUGUCCCACCUGCUGCUUGGAGAGCAUGAUAUCCCCCUGACAUGUUUAGAGCAUGUGGUAACAGUCAAUGAUACAAAGGGGAAGAAGAAAGUUUUGGGAUCAAACCAGAAACUCAAGUUUAACCCCACUGAGCUCAUCCUUUACUGCAAAGACUUGCGGAUCAUAAGGUUCUGCUUUGACGAGGCCGGGCCUGAGAGUGCUAAAAAGGUUUGUCUCGCUAUUGCUCACUACUCCCACCCAGCUGAUCUGCACCUGCUGUUUGGCUUUGAGUAUCAGGGCCGACGGUACCAUGAAUCCAAAGCUGAGCGACUCAACGAGGGCGUCCGACGAGGAGCAUUACAGACGCCUAUUUUUGAUCGACGGUCUGAGUGGGACCGAGAGAUCAAGAGAACGGGCGCCUCUGAGUGGAGGGUGUGCUCCAUAAACGAGUUUUACCACAUCUCCUCAAGUCUUCCAGAGUACAUUGUGGUCCCAGUUUCUCUAGCAGACCAGGAUCUAAAACAGUACUCUAUAUUCUUAACUGGCAACCGCGUCCCACUUUGGUGCUGGAAUCACCGCAAUGGAAGUGCUCUUGUGCGCAUGGCCAGUGUGUGUGACCCGGUCCAGCAGAGAAAGAUUGAGCAGAGGAUCAUCACUGCCAUCACAAAAAGCCACCCACAGUGCAGUGAAGUCUUCAGUUCAGAUCUGGACAAGUGUCUGCCCAACAUCCAGGACAUCCAGAGUUCUUUCGUCAAAAUCCGACAGAUCUGCGUCAUAGAUCCUUUUGAGGAGUCUGAGGAAAGGUGGCUUUCAUCCAUUGAAAACUCACGAUGGCUUGAGUAUGUCAGGGCCUUCCUGAAGCACGCAGCUGAAAUAGUGUACCACCUGGAUGGGAGGAAUGUAUCAGUCAUUCUCCUAGAGGAAGAGGACCGCGACCUGAACUGCGCGGUGUCCUCCUUGGUGCAGCUCAUGGUGGACCCUCACUAUCGCAGCAUUGUUGGAUUUCAGGGUUUGGUGCAGAAGGAGUGGGUGAUGGCAGGCCAUCGCUUCUUGGAUAGAUGCAACCACUUAAAAAAGAAUGACAAAGAGGAGUCCCCACUGUUCAUGCUGUUCCUGGACUGUGUGUGGCAAAUGAUGAACCAAUAUCCAGCUGCAUUUGAGUUCACAGAAGCCUACCUGACUGUGCUAAGUGAUAGCAUGUGGAUUCCACUCUUCAGCACUUUCCUCUUCAGUUCUCCUAAACAGCGAGCUCAGUAUUUGAUAGACUUUGCAAGAAAUAAAGCCAUCCCUCAAGGGGAGGACCCAGUUGUGUACUUUCCUCCUGUGUGGGACUGGUCACAACAAUUCUCCACCAAAGACCAAACCCUUUUUAACAACCCCAUGUAUGUUGGCAAAGGAGCUGCAUGUGUUCUCAAUGGGGAAGUGAAAAGCUUUAGACGCACAAAGAAAUACGGUUCCAUCUUCCGAGGAGCCUCUGCAUCUCUACGUAAUGGACUGAAAGGUGGAGACGAGGCGCUAACACGACGAGGCUCUCUGGGGUCUGAGCUUAAGCCUGAUUUCUCACCCAUGAAAUACGUGGUGGAGAGCCCGUCGGAGCGCUUCUUCAGAGAGUGGUUCUCUCGACCCGCUGACCAGCAGGGCCUCUUGAUCCCCUUGCUCACGCCCUCCCACGUCGCCCUCUGGAAGCUCUACUUCCUUCGCUGGGUGCCAGAGGCCUGCAUUUCCAAAGGGGGGUCCAUCACUGCUUACCACAAGCUCUCUCAGCUGGUGGACGAGAUCGAAAUGCUGCAGAAACACCUCAGGCAGUACAAGGCGCCCACUCCGAGUGGCACGCCCCUCCCCAGCCCAAAAGGGCCCCCUGCUGACCAAAGGCGGAUGUAUUUUGAGGCCGCGUCCCCAAAUGAUUCCCCUCCAGAAUUUCUUUCAUCCUCCUUUCCUUUCACCCCAGUAGGAAACCUGUGUCGCCGCAGUAUUCACGGAACCCCCAUCAGCAAGUUUCUGAACGGGGCGAGGAUCUGGCUCUCCACAGAGACGCUCGCUAACGACGCCCUUUGAGAAUGGGCGGGGCUUCGUUUUGAUUGCUGUUACCACUCUUAACCAUGCGGACGAUUAUAGAAAAAGAACUUCUGAUUUUUUUGUAUUCUUUAUAAGCUAGAAUUUGCACCAUUGAUGCUGAAUGAUAAUCUGAGGCAACAACCGGAAGAGCACCAACAGGAAAAUUAUAACAUUAUUCAUCCAAGUUAAUCAUUACAGAAUGCAGAAGUACAUCCUCCUCAUUGGCCAGUGACGUGCUACUGUGAUGUGCCCUCAUACUGUAAUAUAUAAAUAUGUAUAUAUAUAUAUAUAUGUGUAUAUAUAUAUAUAUGUGUAUA